UUUCUAUGUAAUGCUUUGUAUUUUUAUUUAUGUUAACACGCAUAAAAUGGUUCAAGCUUUGCUCAAGCUUGAACAUUAUCAUGUUUUUGUCGUUAAAAUCAAUCGAGAAAGAAGAGGAGGUAGGUAUGUAAUAAGUGACGUCGUUGAUAAAGCAAAAGGAAGUUUUCGAUUGAACAAAAGAGAUGAUUUUUUUUCUUUUUUAUUAUUAUUAUUAUUAUUAAGAAAAGACAAGGAAAGGGAAAAGAAAAGGAAAAAAUAUUUACAGACGGUGAAAGAUUUAAUGAAACCGUGCAGAAUUGCAGUCGCGACAGGAAACCGAACACUCUCGGCAGUAGGAAUGCGAUAAUUGCGAGAGGAAAACUUGCGAAAACGUCUCGACAGUUAGAAUUCUCGACGACGACGACGACGGCGACGACGAUGGCGAUGGCGACAGCGACGACGAAGACAACGACAACGAUGAAAAAGAAAGAAAUAGAAGAGGCCGAGGUAAAGAGGGAGAAGCACGAGAGCGUAAAUCGUGGCGAAGGAAGAAAGAAGAGAGCGAAUGGAAUGGGAAAGAAAAGGGAGGAUGAUCGUUUCUCACGAAAACCCAUAGAAAAGGUUUUCCUCAAAAAGGUUGUACCUUCUCCUACGAAAUGCAGUUUUCAUGUCGACGAGGAAGCUACCACCGAGAUGACCGUGAAAGUUAACAGAAAGUUAGGCAACGUAAUCCCAACGUCAAAUGUGCAGACCUACAAAAAGCCAGAAAUAUCUUACCUGGAAAUUCAUCGUCGCAGAUUGAGUCUGUCGCGUUACAGACACACUAUUCGAUCUCCGGAGGGAUUGAGUCUGUCGAUUUACGGAGACAGCGAGGAACUCGAUAUGGAGGAAGGAGGAGGUGGCCGUAUCUCCUUUUCCGACUUCUCAAGGGACGAUCAAAGCGAACUCAGCUUCUACCGGCGUCUCAUCGAGCGUUCCGCGACGCGAUUGCCUCGUACUACCAGAUCCUGCGAGACCGUGCGUUCUCUUCGCAUCUCCACGGAUUCAGCAAAGAGUUCGGAUAAUUUUCCUAGAAUACGAGCAUCUUUCAAAAGCAGCGCCUCCGAAAGCAGAUUGGCCAAAAAGUCUACCUAUAAACCGUAUACUAUCGAGGAUUAUCGAAGUUUGUCUGUACCAAAGCCCGAUCGCUCUCUUGGACCCGACAAGGAAGAAAUAUUGGCUAAGAGAGAGUGGUUGAUGCGGCGGAGGUCAUACGGGGACUCGGUUAGUGAACGCAACCGCCAGCAUAUACUUCACACAGCACAGAGAUUCAAGUCGCGACGCAUCGCGCCUCGAAAAUGUUUUCUACCUUCUUUGAACCAUCGGAACACCGAUCCGAAGAUCCAUAAGAAUUCAUCGAUUACGGAAAAGACAAUAAAUGGACGAAGUGAUAGCGUCGAGAGAAAAAAUCAUUCAAAUCGUCCAGCUAAAUUGGUGAUAUCGAAACAGAAUACGACGAAUUCAUCGAGAAAGAUAAAGAAACAAGGAAAAUCGACGAAUUGUUACAGCCCUCUAAAUUCAUCCAACCAUUUCGAAGAUUCUUAUCUGGAUUCUCUGCGACAACGACAUUUACAUGAGAAAGAGUUGGUAGAUAAAUUAAUAAAACAAGCAAUUAAUUCCUGAAGAUCUAAACGUAAGAUAAUUUAUUGUUUAUUUAUUUGAAGCUAAAAUAUGUAUCAUCCUACUACCAUGUCGUUAAAUGCGUCAACGAAUUAUUUUGUUAGUUUUUUUUUUUUUUUGUAUUCACUGUUACAGUAGAGAGAUUCAUUUAAAUUAAUGAAAAUAUAUGAAUGGCUACAUUUCAUUAACUAACACUACAGUUGUUCUUUUGACUUCAUUAUAACGUACGUAUCAUUUUUCAAGGACCCAUUUAGAAGUGUUAUACUCUAGCUUUUCGUAGCAUGUGCUUAUUACCGUGAAAAGUUGAAAGAAAAAUGUACUCAGUGCUAUGAUGAAAGUAUUACUUUUUAUUUCUUUACAUUUAUACGUAAAUACCUUUGCUCUAUCGUAUUAUGUCAUUAUAUGUGGUCAGUAUGUUCCCUUGAAAAUAAAACAGAGAAAAGACCUAAAAACACGAUUCCGGUUACUUCGUUACGAACGUUCCUUUCGUAUAUAAACUGUCGUGAUACCCGAGAGAUUAGU